AUGGCCUGCGGCAUCGGGGUGCACUCCACUCGUGCCCUGAUGCACCACGAGGCCACCGGGGAAGGGUUUGACCCUCUCCUUUUCCAUGAGGAAGCCCGAGCAGCUCCCCGUUUCCGACUGCCGUUCAAUUCCUCCACGCAUUAUCGUGGCAAAGGAAGGGCGAGUUCCCUGCGUGUGCACACCUCCUUCUCCCUGUCCUUCCUCACAGAGAACAGCCCCCAGCCGUGCGGCGGCCGCCUCAACUCCAAGGACGCCGGGUACAUCACGUCGCCGGGCUACCCGCAGGACUACCCGUCCCACCAGAGCUGCGAGUGGGUCAUCUACGCGCCCGAGCACAGCCAGAAGAUCAUCCUCAACUUCAACCCGCACUUCGAGAUCGAAAAGCACGACUGCAAGUACGACUUCAUCGAGAUCCGCGACGGCGACAGCGAGGCGGCCGACCUGCUGGGCAAGCACUGCGGCAACAUCGCGCCGCCCACCAUCGUCUCCUCGGGCCCCGCGCUCUACAUCAAGUUCACCUCGGACUACGCGCGGCAGGGCGCCGGCUUCUCCCUGCGCUACGAGAUCUACAAGACGGGCUCCGAGGAUUGCUCCCGAAACUUCACGGGCUCCAAUGGCACCAUCGAGUCCCCGGGCUUCCCGGACAAGUACCCGCACAACCUGGACUGCGUGUUUACCAUCGUGGCCAAGCCGCGCACCGAGAUCCUCCUGCACUUCCUCCUCUUCGACCUGGAGCACGACCCGCUGCAGGCCGGCGAGGGCGACUGCAAGUACGACUGGCUCGACAUCUGGGACGGCAUCCCGCAAGUUGGCCCCCUCAUCGGCAGGUACUGCGGCACCAGGAUGCCCUCGGACAUCCGCUCCACCACGGGCGUCCUCUCGCUCACCUUCCACACGGACCUGGCGGUGGCCAAGGACGGCUUCUCGGCGCACUACGAGCUGCUCCCGCAGGAGGUGCCCGAAAACUUCCAGUGCAACGCGCCGCUGGGCAUGGAGUCGGGGCGCAUCUCGGACGCGCAGAUCAGCGCCUCCUCCACCUACUCGGACGGGCACUGGACGCCGCAGCAGAGCCGCCUCAACAGCGACGACAACGGCUGGACGCCCAACGUGGACAGCAACAAGGAGUACCUGCAGGUGGACCUGCAGUUCCUGACGGUGCUCACGGCCGUGGCCACGCAGGGAGCCAUCUCCAGAGAGACGCAGAACGGCUACUACGUGCGCACCUACAAGCUGGAGGUCAGCACCAACGGGGAGGACUGGAUGAUGUACCGGCAUGGCAAGAACCACAAGACGUUCCAGGCCAACGAGGACGCCACGGAAGUGGUGCUCAACAAGAUCCACAGCCCCGUGCUCACCCGCUUCGUGCGCAUCCGGCCCCAGAGCUGGCACAACGGCAUCGCCCUGCGCCUGGAGCUCUACGGCUGCCGCAUCACCGAUUCGCCCUGCUCCAACCUGCUGGGAAUGCUCUCCGGCCUCAUCCCUGACGCGCAGAUCUCGGCCUCGUCCAUCCGGAGCUACGACUGGUCGCCCAGCAUGGCCCGCCUCGUGAGCAGCCGCUCCGGCUGGUUCCCCCGCGUCCCCCAAGCGCAGCCCGGCGAGGAGUGGCUGCAGGUGGACCUGGGCGUCCCCAGGAACGUGCGGGGCGUCAUCAUCCAGGGGGCUCGCGGGGGCGACAGCGUGAGCGCCACCGAGGCGCGCUCCUUCGUCAAGAAGUUCAAGGUGGCCUACAGCAUGAACGGGAAGGACUGGGACUUCAUCCAGGACCCCAAAACGAUGCAAGCCAAGCUUUUCGAGGGCAACAUCCACUACGACAUCCCCGAGGUGCGGAGGUUCGAGCCGGUCCCCGCGCAGUACGUCCGCGUGCACCCGGAGAGGUGGUCGCCCGCGGGAAUCGGGAUGCGCCUGGAAGUGCUGGGAUGCGACUGGACAGACGCGAAGGCCACGGCGGAGACGCUGGUGCCCACCCUGAGCAGCGAGCUGACCCCGACCCCGUACCCGACGGACGCCGAGGCCACGGAGUGCGGCGAGAGCUGUGCCGAAGAGGACGAUUUCCACCUGCCCGAAAACUUCAACUGCAAUUUUGAUCUCCCUGAGGACCUCUGUGGUUGGUCACACGACUUGGACACGGGCUACACGUGGUCUUUUCAGCCUGCAAGCACCCAGAUGGGCAGCGCCGACCCGAGCGCCGAGGCCGUGCCUGAAGGCUGGCGCUUCCUGCAGCUGCGGAGCGGCGGGCGGCGGGAGGGCCGGCGCGCGCGGCUCGUGAGCCCCGCCGUGCUGCUGCCGCGCAGCGCCGCCUGCAUGCUCUUCCGCUACCAGGCGUGGGGCGGCGGCGCGGCGCUGCGCGUGUGGCGCCGCGCCGCCCACGACACCAAGGCGCUCUGGGUCAUCGCCGAGGACCAGGGCGACGAGUGGCGCGAGGGGCGCAUCAUCCUGCCCAGCUACGAGGGCGAGUACCGGAUUGUGUUCGAGGGCUUCAUCCGCAGCGGCCACCCGGGACAGCUCGCCCUGGAUGACAUCCACCUGGGCACGGACAUCCCCCUGGAGAACUGCAUGGAACCCAUCACAGCUUUCCCAGUGAACUUCCCAAGACUGGAGGAUGACUUUCCCAUCCCUGAGCAAGACUUCGAAGACAGCGACGAUCAUGAUUACUUUGGAUCGGAUAGGAACGACACACUGUUCUCUACUAACUCUCCAGGAACACCCAAGCUGGACAAGGAGAAGAGCUGGCUCUACACCUUGGACCCCAUCCUGGUCACCAUCAUAGCGAUGAGCUCCCUCGGCGUCCUCCUCGGGGCCAUCUGCGCCGGGCUGCUGCUCUACUGCACCUGCUCCUACGCUGGCCUCUCCUCGCGCAGCUCCACCACGCUGGAGAACUACAACUUCGAGCUCUACGACGGCAUCAAGCACAAGGUCAAAAUGAACCACCAGAAGUGCUGCUCGGAGGCCUGAGGGGGACCGCCUCAGGAGCUCCCUCGACACCGCGGUCCGGUGAGGAGGGCCGGUGGGGACGACUCCGUGUUUUUUGCUGUU